GUUAGGUUGUUCUAGUUGCCUACACUGUAGGCAGAAGUUAUUAUAUUUAUAGUCAAAAAUCAUUUAGUCUUUACGUUUCGUUAUUUACGUGAUGAUUAGAAAAUAAUUUUUGAAGACCUUCGUUAAACGUGUCAUUAGAAUAUAUUCAGAGAAAGUUGUUGGCGCGUAGCCUAAAUUAAAAAGAAAUAAUUAGAGAUGUCGAUUUUUAGAAUAGUAAGUAGAAGUGGCCGCUUAAGCAUAAAAAAUAUCAGUAUACAACAGCAAAACUUUCUUAAAAUGUCAACAAAUGCAUCAAUAUCGGAGUUGCAAAGGGAAAAGGAAACAUUCCAGGACCUAUUGCCGAACAUUAUGGAGACAAUGUUAAAAAACACAAGAUUCACUAAUAUACCCGAAGUUGCAAAAUGGACCAAAAAGGUUCUAGAAUAUAAUCUACAUGGCGGCAAAAAAACUCGAGGUUUGACGACAACGCUCGCAUAUGAAACUUUGGAGAACCCAGAAAACAUAACGGAAGAAUCUCUGAAAGUGAGCCGAGUCGUAGGAUGGUGCGUCGAAAUGUUACAUGCAUACUUCUUGGUGAUGGACGAUAUCAUGGACGGAUCCACGAAGCGCCGUGGGGUCCCGUGCUGGUACCGACUGCCGAACAUCGGACUGGGAGCUAUCAACGAUUCUAUAUUAAUACAUUCAGCUAUAUAUGAGAUACUGAAAAUUUACUGCGAGCAUCUACCUCAGUACAAAUACAUAGUGGAUCAGUUUAAUGAGGCGCUGCUGUACACUUCAGUGGGUCAACACUUGGACUACACGAUGGCACAUCGCAACAAGAAUGAUUACACACUAUUUACGUUAGAACGGUACAGUUCUAUCGUUAAAUACAAGACAGCGUAUUACACCUACAAGCUACCAGUUUGCUUGGGACUGCUAUUGGCCAACAAUACAGAUAAGAAAACCCAUAAAAUAGCUGAAGAAAUAUGUUUAGAAAUUGGACAUCUAUUUCAAAUGCAGGACGACUUUAUAGAUACUUUCGGGAUAGAAAAAGUAACUGGCAAAGUGGGUACUGACAUUCAAGAGGGCAAAUGUUCCUGGCUCGCUGUACAAGCACUGCAAAGGCUUAAUACGAAACAGAGAAAUGUAUUCACAGCCUGCUACGGAAGCCCAGAACCGGCACACAUUGAACGGAUCAAGAGACUUUACGAAGAAUUGGAUCUACCCGCAAUAUACCAAACGGAAGAAAGGGACCGCUACAAUUCGGUAGUACAGCGCGUCCGACAACUACCCAAUGAGACAACCAUGUCGCCUGAUCUAUUCUUAAAGUUACUCGACAUGAUAUAUGAUAGGAAAAAUUAAAUAUCACCCCUAUAUACGUAGUAAUAAGAGCUAUUUAACGAUAAUAAAUAUUUUUAAUUAUUUUAAAUUUAUGAUUCAAUUGUAGUGUUGUAUUCAACAACGUUAUAAUGUAUCGAGGUAAUGCGAAACAAAUUAUUUUUAAUUUAUUGGUAACCAUAAUGUUCGACUUUAUGGUAUAAGUCCAAUCUAUAGAUCUAUUCUAUCUAGAGGUAUCUAUCCAUAGGUCUCGUCGAAAAGCGCUAACAAUAAUAGCAAUAAUACAUCUAUCUCGAUAUUAAAAAUUUAAACGGAAUUCGUGUUCCAAAUUCAAAUAUGUUUCUUCCUAAAAAAUAACGUCAUAGUUCUUUUUUUGUUAGAUCUUUCAGCAUACAGAUGCAUUCGCAUGAUACGAAAUAUUUUCUCGUUCUCUACAUAAAUUGUAGUCAUGUCCUUGUCGGUUAAUGUUUAAAAAUUAAUAAAUACCAUAAAGCGUGCAAAAGAGUCGAACUGUAAACGACAAAAUGCACUAAAAUAUCGACACUAAAGCCGAAUAACGAAUUAAAAAGUCAAUCUCAUAAAUGGCAAAACAAUUUGACGUUUGAGAGUUUAUUUUAUCUGUAUAUUACGUUAAAAAUAAAACGCGGUAAAAUUAUGUGGUGUAGCAGUUAUAGUAGUUAAUACAUUUCAAAUAAAGACA